AUGGAACAGAAUGUAAAGAACGAGUCAGAAGACUCUUCGGAGACACUUGGUUCGGAGAAUAAGAUGCAAGAAGCUUCCCUCGAGGCUACUUCUCCGCCUGCGGACGGGUCAGCAUCGACCCAGGAUGCCUCGGGGCCUGCAGAUGAAGCAAGCCGGUUAAAAGAGCUUCAGGCCGAUAUCCGCGAUCAGGAUGCUUUGGAGAGAGACAUAACGCGUCAGGCCGAUCGACUGCUCAUGGAACAGGCUGAUGAGCGCGAUAGCAAGAGACUAGAUAGGACGCGGCAGGAAAAAGAGAAACUUGAAUCGCAAAUCCUGAGACUACACCAACGACUAGCACAACCAGUUGGGACAUCAGCUCGGGUGCGUCUUCAACAUGAUAUAGCAAAACUGGAGGAGCGCAAUGCAGCUCUUGCAAAUGAUCUCAAAGAGAUCCAACAGCGUAUCGAUGAACGGCGUCAAGAGCAGGAGACUAACAUGGAAGCAAGUGGGACAGGGAGAAUGCCCAACGAGUCUCGCAGAGACUAUCUUAUAAGAACCGGAAAGAUCACGCCAUUUUCACGUAUGGGAACUGGUUCGAGUGCAGGCCCUUUGGCUAGUCUCCAGGAUGCGCUCAUUGAUGCCGAGGAUGAGCGUGAUGAGUUGGAAGCCCUCGAACAGGUGAAAGCGCGGUCAGCCGUCUCCCACCGCAACCUACUGCGCCCCGAUUUUGGCUUCGAUGAGACGAGCGAAUCAAGCGUUGCCGAAGAACCCUCUGCCGAGCGCCCUGUAAAGAAAAGGAAGCUAGAAAAGAGGCGUCAACCGAAAAAGGUUUCCAUCAAAGCGGAAGACUCAGAUCUCGACAUGGAAGCGCCUUCGGAUGGCCAUGUAUCCGAAGAUCAGGAUGAUUCGGCCAGUUAUGUUGAAUACAAGGAGGAGGAAUCCUCUUCCGAAGACGAUAACGAUUUUUUGACUGCAGAGAAGCCAGUCCAUGCUAAGAAGACGAAAAGCAGCGAUGACGUGGAGGAUCUCAGCGGGCUGGAUGACGGUAAUGAAAAGUUAUAUCAAUCUAGGCUCCAAACUUGGGUCACCCGACGAAGCGCUGCUCGGAAACGCGCCCAAAAGUCCCGUCAGCCAGACACGACUCAGGGUCCUGACGUAGAUGAAGCAGACACCGAGAUCCCCGAAGACGAAGAGUGGUUUAUGCCCCAUCCGACUGAGCCAGACCUGCACCUAGACAAUCGCUACCGCGUCCCCGGUGAUAUACAUCCACUCUUAUUUGACUACCAGAAGACUGGGGUCCAAUGGAUGUGGGAGUUACAUCAGCAGCAAGUGGGAGGUAUCAUUGGUGACGAGAUGGGCCUGGGGAAAACAAUUCAAGCAAUUUCAUUCCUGGCCGGCCUCCAUUAUAGCAAGAGACUGACGAAACCCAUCAUCGUCGUCUGUCCGGCCACUGUCAUGAAACAAUGGGUCAAUGAGUUCCAUCGCUGGUGGCCGCCAUUCCGUGUUUCUAUUCUGCAUACCUCUGGUAGUGGAAUGGUAAACAUAAAGAGUGAAAGCAGCCGCGAGGAUGCACUUAUGUCUGGGACUUACAAAUCAGGUGGUUCUAGCAGUGGCUUGAAGGCGGCGAGAAAGGUUGUCAAACGGGUAGUCGAGGAAGGGCAUGUGCUUGUUACGACAUAUUCUGGCUUGCAGAGUUAUGCCUCUCUUCUGAUACCCGUCGAAUGGGGUGGCACGAUCCUUGACGAGGGCCACAAGAUUCGCAAUCCCAAUACUUCUAUUACCAUGCACGCUAAAGAGCUUAGAACGCCUCAUCGGAUUAUCCUUUCAGGAACGCCAAUGCAAAACAACUUGACAGAGCUAUGGUCGUUGUUCGAUUUUGUCUUCCCAAUGCGUCUCGGCACAUUGGUAAACUUUCGAAAUCAGUUCGAGUUCCCGAUCAGGCAGGGUGGUUAUGCGAACGCCUCUAAUCUACAGGUCCAGACGGCUGCUAAGUGUGCAGAAACCCUUAAGGACGCCAUUAGUCCGUACCUCCUGCAACGGUUCAAGAUGGACGUAGCAGCUGAUCUGCCCAAAAAGAGCGAGCAGGUCCUCUUUUGCCGGCUUACCAAACCGCAGCGGCAAGCAUACGAGGCAUUUCUGGGCUCUGAAGAAAUGCAAUCUAUUCUAAGAGGCCGAAGACAGGUGCUCUACGGGGUUGAUAUUCUGCGAAAAAUAUGCAAUCACCCGGACUUGCAGAACCAUAAGCUGCUUUACGCAAAGCCGAACUACGGAAACCCUACGAAGUCGGGUAAGAUGCAAGUAGUGAAGUCGCUGCUUGAACUGUGGAAAGACACGGGCCACAAAACCCUUUUGUUCGCACAACAUCGGAUCAUGUUGGAUAUUUUGGAGAAAUUCGUCAAUUCUCUUUCUGGGUUCAAUUACCGUCGUAUGGACGGCACUACACCCAUUCAGCACCGGCAAACUAUGGUUGACGAGUUCAACAAAGACCCUGAUUUGCAUGUUUUUCUACUGACCACUAAGGUCGGCGGCUUAGGCGUCAACCUCACCGGCGCGGACCGAGUCAUUAUCUACGACCCUGACUGGAAUCCUUCGACUGAUGUACAAGCCCGGGAGCGUGCGUGGCGACUGGGACAGAAGCGAGAUGUGACCAUUUACCGGUUGAUGACUGCUGGAACAAUCGAGGAGAAGAUAUAUCACCGCCAAAUCUUCAAGCAAUUUCUGACCAACAAGAUUCUAAAAGACCCCAAGCAACGGCAGACCUUCCAAAUGAGUGACCUGCACGACCUCUUUGCGCUAGGUGAAGAAAACCAAGGCCCAACAGAGACUAGCAAAAUCUUCAAGGAAGCUGAAGUCACUUACGAAGAGGAGAAUGGCAAUGCUUCCUCAACAGCACACCAGGAUAGCCACCAGCGCGAUGUGCAGGCUGAGAAACAAGACAUUAGCAAAGUUACAGGAGUCGCUUCAAUAGAGCAGUUUCAAGGUGGACCCGAGCAACAAGCGAAGACGGAGCCAGGAGAACCUGGCACAAACUCCGAGUCACGCUUGAUGGAAGGUAUAUUCGCCCGAUCAGGCGUCCACUCAGCUGUUGAGCACGACCAAAUCGUCAACGGCAAGCGUGUGGUCAAAGCAGACCCCAAGAUAAUCGAAGCAGAAGCAAAACGAGUAGCUGCCGAAGCCGCAGAGCAACUUCGCCGCGCAGGCGAAGCCGCCAAAUCCGUCCCCAUCGGAACGCCUACAUGGACCGGUCAAUUUGGCGUCGCCGGAAAGCCCGAGGAAUCGCCCAUGCCCAUGCGGGGACCAUUCGGCGGACGUAGCAGCACAGCCAGACGCGCCUUGGCCGGUCCGUCGUCGGCAAGUAUCCUCGCUAACCUUUCAUCUCGUACGCCGCCAUCUCGAAGCGCCACGAAUAGCCCUGCCCCGGGGAAUGAGCCCAGUGGGAAGGACUUCAUCACGAUGAUUCGGGAUUUCAUCACAACUCAUGGCGGAUCGGUUUAUACGCAGAAUCUGAUCGACCACUUCAACCGGUAUUGUACCACUCCUCAGAAGUCGGCCGAGUUCAAGGAGAUGCUGAAGCAGAUUGCUGUGCUGGAUAAGGGAAGAAACGGUCGGGGAAAGUGGCAACUCAAGCCUGAGUAUGUCAAGGGGAGGUGA